UGAGUUUCACUAAAGAGAGUCGAAAACUACUAUCCAGGGAGUUAUCUCAGAAGAAAGAAUCACCCUGUAUCUAGAUCAGUUUAAGCAGAGGCUACGUGAAAUCCGGCCGGAAAUCGAGGUUGUGGAAGAGAGAAUGAUGAACCGCAUCUCGCCGCAGAUCCACUUCCACAGUCAGGCGACAGCCAUCAGCAGCAAGCAUCCCUGGGUGGAUACGAUGGACCAGUUUGCGCUGAUCGUCAAGAACUACCACCGGCACCUGGAGAAGUAUGCACCCACUGUGAAGGUGGCUAUUAUUGAUGACGGAAUCGACCCGCUCCAAGCAAAUCUGCAGGAGAACAUCGAUGGUGGAACUUCCUUUCAUCACCGGCCCGGUCGUCCCGAUCGCCCGAUUGACUACUGGUCGGCACCCGGUGGUCAUGGCACGGAAAUGGCCAAGUUGAUUUGUCGUAUCUGUCCCAAGGCGCGCUUAUACAUUAUCCGCCUCGGCGAGGGAUAUGGGGAAAAAGGAGUGCGACAGAUUAAACCAGAAACAGCAAUCAAGGCGAUCAAAUGGGCUACUAAUGCUGGUGUGCAUAUCAUCUCUAUGAGCUGGAGCAUAAAUCAGAGCAAGAUGUCCGGGGACCUGUACAACGAUUUCCAGAGAAGUAUCCGCGCCGCAUACGAUAAAGGAAUCACCAUGUUCUGUGCUGCAAGCGACUAUGGAAACACUAGCGUUUCGCUGGAUAACAAUGAUCUCCCUGCUGCGUUCAGCGAUCCACUCAAGAUUGGUGCAGCCACCAUCGAUGGUGGGAAGUGGUCCAGGACUGGUGCACAGAAACUGGACUUCUAUCUUCCAGGAGAAAACCUACCGUUAAGGGAUCAGAUGCACUCUCCUCAGUUUCCACCACAGUCGCUGUCCGGUAGCUCAUUAGCGACAGCUGUUGCAGCUGGACUGGCCGCAUUACUGCAAUACUGCAUGGGAACGGCAGCGAGACAGCCCGAGAACAAACCGGUAUUCCGGACAGAUGAUAUGCGACAUGCCUUCAAGGGGUUGAGUAAGAAGGACCCAGAGAUUCCCGAAGUCCACAAAUAUUUUGGCGACACGCAAUCACUCGACACACUUAAGAAAGUUGAGGACCGAUAUGAUUCGAUUGCAGCUGAUCUGCGGAGAAGUCAUCGAUAAUAGCGCAAUCUAUCAAGACGAAAUCCAUGCUAUAAGUAGUAUCCACACUAGGCUACUUAGUAAAAGGGUACAUCCUCAACAGAGGGUAGAAGUCCAGCUAAUAGAAGACCACAGACCCUUUAACCAACUAAGCCAUGAUGGCCAAAGAAUUUGCAAUGGGUACGCUUGCUUCGAAGGUCAAUUAGUCCCCCCGGCGCAAUGCCAUGCCAGUACUCUUAUCACAGUUAU